GAAGCUGCUAUGAUGGAUGAAAUAUUAGGGCCAGGAGCUCAAAUUCCAGUACAAAUUAAUUUGCCUUCUUGCUCAAAUGGAGCUACACCACAAUCAACCAUUCUUGGGAACGCUCCGACUGACAUGGAGUUGAUGACUUCUAUGAUGCAGAAGAUUGCUUCUUUGGAGCAGAAAGUCAAGAGCCAAGCACAAGCCAUCCAAGAGAAGAAUAAGAAGAUCAGAGACCUUGAGGAGCAGAUCAAAACCCUUCAGAAGAGAACAGAAAAAACACCAUCAGGGUCAACCCGAGUUGAGGAACUGGAAAUGUUAUGCCUUCAGCUGCAACGUCAGGUUUGGGAAAUGGAGCGGUUUCUGAAUGACUAUGGAUUGAUCUGGGUCGGGGAAGACCCAGAUUCUUUGAGAGAUCUGGAGUCACGAGAGGAAGAAGAGAGACUGACAUCAAGAACCUUUUGGAAACCAGGUGAAGCCAUCAUUUCUGAAACCCCAAUCAAUUUUGAUUUGAUUUUCAAGAAUCUGAAAGAUUUGAAUGUGCUGGCUGGAGAAGGUGUGUCCCAAAUCAAACACACUACAGGUGGAGCUCAAUUGAAGCGCUUGGAUUCCGUUCCGAUCACCUUCUAUCAGAAUGGGAUUGUCAUGUUCAAAGGACCUUUCCGAUCAUAUGAAGAUCCUUCCACACGGCGUUGCCUGCGAGAUAUCAUGGACGGCUUUUUCCCUUCUGAGCUGCAAAGUCGUUAUCCAAAUGGUGUCCCAUUUCAGGUCGCCGACAAGAGAGAUGUCUUCUUUCAGGAAAGGAAACGGCCAGGGUAUUUUCCUGGCUUUGGCCAGGCGGUUGGGCGUUCCAAACCAAGUGGCAUAAAGGAGACACAUGACAUCUCAGGCACCAAGCUCACCAUAGAACAAUUUUUGAACAAACUUCCAAAGUCACUGGUUCGAGAUGGGCAAGUGAUAGAUAUCCGGGAAGAUCUUAAAAAAACCCUUCAGGGCCUGGAUGGAGCACAAAGCCACGAAGUAGUUUUGGUGGAGACGCCCAGCCUUACGGCACUGAGAAAGAGACUGGAAGGGAAGCAGCAGACAGAAGGGCCUGGCACCAACAUUUCAACUCUUCGGAUAAAGUCAGAGGAUGGAGAGAAGACAUACAUUGUCAAAAUGUCAUUCACAGAGACUAUUGGAGACUUGCGCCAACAUCUUGCUCAGAACAGGGGUGAAGCCCUGGAGCCCUACGAGAUCCUUAGCACAUUUCCCCUUCGGGUGUAUAACGACGAAGCUGUGAGCCUGGAGGAAUAUGGGCUGGUCCCCAACGCAUUCCUUCGGCUGAGGAAAAAGCUCUCUCCCACCAAAGCAGGAGGGCAGUAGCUGUAAUGGUUCACAGUAGACAAUGCAUCAGACUUGGCUGCUGGUGUCGUUCAGCUAGGACAUUGUGUGCCUUCUUCUCCUUCUCCAAGGUAGCUGCUCGGGUACGAGCCAAAGAUCUAACUGUACGAGAGCAGGUCCGGGACAGAAACAAGUAAAACUUGUAGUUCCAGCUACACAGGUUAGAACUAGCCACUGUAUUCUCCCUGCCCUCC